CUCACAUGAGCCCGUCAAUUGGGCCCAUCCCCUCCGCCAUGACAUUUCCACGUCGCCUCCAACCCCUCUUCCACCGCCCCUCCCUCUCCCCCAUUCUCCACGCCCGCUUCCCCCGACCUACCCCCUCCCCCUUCACAACCAGCGCCCUACGCCCCGCCGCCCGAAAACCCAAAUCAAAAGCUCCCGUGCUCGAAAAACCGGACGCGUUCCGACCCCCAUCGCAUGGCGCGCGGCUACCCCGACGGCGACCCGAUGCCACGCGAUAUGGGCCGUCGUUGACGGAGGCGGAGGCGCAGACGCAGAAGACGAAGCAAUAUCCGCGGAUGAUGCCGCCGGAGGGGUCGUUUCUGCACUGGUUCCUGUCGGAUCGGAGCAUCCACGUAUGGAUAUCGAUGGUACGUAUUCAAUUAUCUAUUCUAACGUUGGCUCGCUAAUCCCGCAAUCAGUCCGUCCUCCUCUCCCUCACCCUCGCCAUGCUCCACAACCGCC